UCGAGCUGUCUUUUUGCCUGGCUCGAGUACAGCUAACGUGGAUGGGCACCAGCGAGCAUCCCACGUGGAUCGAGAAUCCGGAGCUGCUGAUCAUACAGGCUUGGAGGACUAACGUGGAGGGAGAUCUUUUUGGCUUUCUCUUUGGAUCGGUACGGCCGGGGCGCCGCCAGCUGAUUGCACAAGAGCUCAUCGCGCCAAUCGUGCAAUUGGCGGACAACCUCUCUCCCGAUAUCUACUUGCAGAGUGACGACAAUCCUGCUCCGCACGUUCUCGAACGCUCAUUGGACCCAUAUCUUCAGUGGACUGCGUGCUUGGAGGAGCCCAGGGACGAAGAUACGUUGCCCUCGCGGCAGGAGUAUCUGAAGUCGUACGAUAUCAUCCCUCAUGCCUUCUAUCCGAGGGCAGAGGAAGUGGUGAUCGGCGACGACGAGGAGGAGGACGAGGACGAGGAAACAUCAGAGGAGGGAAGCUAUAGCGAACAUAGCGAGGGCAAGCUGCGCGAAGGAGAAGACGAGGAAGAAGAAACCGGAUCUGAGUGGGAAGCCUUGUCGGAGGAAGCGACGCGCAUGGGAACGAAGGCGGAAGAUCCGGAAGCGGCGCGAAAGCGCGAAGAAAUUGCCUCUGGGAAGCGUCAGCUGGAGUUCGCCAGCGAAGCCAGCCUGCGCAUCGGUAACGAUCCCACCAGGGAUCCAGAGCCGCCGACGCAAGAAGAUGGCGACCCUGCAGCCGCCACCUCAAGUACCGCGCGACGGAGACGGAGCCGAUCCCCCUCCUCCUCCAGCCCCACCCAUCCCUCAGUUCGCCCACGUACAAAUGCGGGCGAUAGGCCUCGGUCUUCGGAUGCUAUCCUGCCGACCCCUUGAUUUUCUCACCCUCGAACAGAUCCGCACCCCUG